AUGCUGUUCAAGAAGCUUAGAAACAAGAGCAGCCACAGCCCUGUUGAUGAUGGCGAUGAUGCCGGGAACAACAAUGGCCUUUCGAGGAUCAACUCCAUCAGCAGUGCGACGUCGAAGAAAUCUGCCAAAUCUUCAAAGAAUGUAUUUGCCAAUAAGCUGUCGAAGACGCUGUCCUUCUUCUCGAACAACUCAUCUUCUGAUGACUUGAACUCGCUGGCCACCUCCACCGGUGAUAACGAGACGUUGGAACUGACAAGGUUCAAGUCGCUGAACUAUGACAAGUUCCCCAGAGAGCUGACACAGUAUCUCAAGUUCCAAGGUCUGUCUGCGCCGAAGAUUCUCAGCGAAACACCGACAAUAAGACUGUCGAUGUCUUCUUCAGGUGAUACCGUGUUCAUCCCUUCAAUGAUUGACAUUUCUGACGAGGAUAUGUUCAACAUGGAUGCUGGGAAUGGCAACAAUGCUCAAAGUCAUAGUACAAAUGGCCAGUCACGCACAACGUUGGAUUCCAAUGAUUCUGACCAAGGCCUGGGGGCUGGGAAUGGGAACACGCAUACUGUGCUGAGUGAAACAAACCCAAGACCACAACAUAUCGAUCAGAGUGUUGAUCCAGUGACUCAUACAUUCGCAGUUGUUGUGUCGUUAUACGUGCCAACUGCUGUUGCGACUAUAAGGGCUCAACUACAGGCAUCUUGCUCAGUGACAUGGCCAAAGGGACUGCCCUGUGAUCAUAAUAUCAAGACAGAGACGUUUGAAAUGGGCCAAACCACGUGGGACUUGAACCUGGGUAACUACAACUACUUCGUUCCCAUGAAUAACAACGGCGAAUACUCUGAUGAGAUUGACUCACAAGACAGUGGCUCGUUUGAAAACAUUGAUAAUUCCAAGUUUAUGACGGAACAGAGAAUCCCCCUGAAGAAGUUUGAGAAUAACUCUGUGGAGCAGAUCACAAGAGCUGGGUAUCUCAACUUCAAAAGGGAAGACCAGGAUCCAUUCGUACUGGGAAGUCAAAAUGUAAACUCUGGCUCUGUAAACUUCCCUCCAGGCCAUUAUGUGUUCUGUCUUCCAACGGAGUUCGGCCCUGAUUUACCUGAGUCCUUGGCUACUCUUAGAUCAAACGUCCGCUAUUCUCUACGUUGCAUUGUGGUUUUAAAGAAUAAGACUUAUGACUUUGCACAUCAAGACAUCACUGUGAUUCGUGGGCCUCCAGUGAUCGGUGUUACAACAGCAAACAAGCCGGUGUAUAUCAACAAAGUUUGGAGUGACUCCUUGAACUAUGAAAUCUCAUUCCCAAAGAAGUAUGUUACCAUUGGCGAAGAGUUACCAAUAAAGAUAAAGUUGAUGCCCCUGGAGAAAACUGUAUCACUAAAGAGAAUCAAAGUCAAUAUAAUUGAAAAGGUCUCCUACACUUCAAAGAACCUGGAGUACGAAUUCGAGGACUUAAAAGUUGAAUACGAAGACGGGUACUACAGACCAAACAGAAAGGAAAAGGUGAUCACUUUUUUCGAACUGAAGUCACGAGCGAAGCUCACAAGCGCAAUAAGGGACGAACUGGUUACUCUGCCGACGAUAUCUGAAAACCUGUUGUCCUCCUCCUGCUACGAACCAAAAGGCUAUAACCCUGCAACGGACUCUUUACCAAUGGAGGUUGUUGGCCCUCUGAGCAUCAGAUGUUACUUACCCUUUAUAAAACCACAUAAAGGCCCUAAGCAACCUCCAACGACUGAUAAGAGACUGGUGAACUACGUGUUCCACACUGCAAAGCUGAAUAAACAAGUGAACAGGGCGUUGAAUACCGUCGUGCAAAACAACGAUAUCCGCGUCCCAACAACAACGCAUAUCUUUGAAUCGCCGGAAGGGCUCUAUCCAGAUUCAAUCAACAACAGGUAUAUCCAUGUGGAGCACAAGCUGCAAGUAUCUCUGAGACUAUCGAGAACAAACCCACAGGAUAAGAAAUUGCACCACUACGAGGUCAUGAUCGACACUCCUCUGUAUCUCCUGAGCAGUGCAUGUGUCCCGGAUAAUGUUGACCUACCUCUCUACCACACAGUUGAUGUCGCAGGCGCGAUAUCUGAGCACCUGCCCACGUUUGAGGAGGCAAUGUCGCCGGCAAACUCUCCAAUGCUGGGCCCCUCCAUUGGAGUAGUUGACGAGACGAUCAACUACCUCUCUCGAGCAUCCACAAGAGCGGACCUUGGCCCCUGUGACACGAUAGACUCGCUCGUCGAUGACACCUUGGACCUCUCUGUGGACAGGCAUCCUUCCCAGGCCAGAAGCGACAUACUGGAGACCUUCCGUCGCUGUCUCACCAACAACGACAACUCCCACACGGACUUGUCUGACGGCUCAGAGGACUCACAGCCCACGGGCGCUCUUCCCGCUGAGCCGCCCUCCUACACGGAUUGUCAACCGUUGCUGAACGCGCGCGCCACCGAAAGCGACUUCUUCGGCGAGAAUGACACAAUCGACAGUCUCGACACCGAGCACAUGGACUCCGUCGACCUGAGCGAGCAGUUCAAAGUCGCAGCCUUCAGAGGCUCAGCACCUUAA